CAUCACGAUACUGCUACAGCAGAUGAAUUGUGACGUGAACACGUGAAUAAUGGUAAUGCCGGGUCAGGGAUUAUAAUAUCGUUCGUGAUAAAGGUUUAUUGAUUUUAUUUAUCAUACAUAUAGUGCAACAAUUUUUGAAUCUCGAAAAUAUACGAAAGUGAAUGUAAAAUCGAACCUGCAAGUGUAAUCGGUGUAUUAGAUUUGGAUUACGAAGAAGUAAUUCAAGAUGGCGCCAAAAUCGGCGGACGCUAACGGGGUGCUGUUCGAGUCUGACGCAGCAACACCAGACCUGGCGCUGGGCAGCGCGCCCAUCAUGCAAGCUGACAAACAACCGAGAAGGCUUGUCUGGAGGAAUAUAAUCGCCUUUGCCUACCUCCACCUGGCAGCUAUAUACGGAGGCUAUCUCUUUCUAUUCCACGCUAAAUGGCAAACAGAUAUAUUUGCGUACAUACUAUACGUGAUGUCAGGACUGGGCAUCACAGCGGGCGCACAUCGACUCUGGGCCCACAAAUCGUACAAAGCCAAGUGGCCGUUAAGACUCAUCCUUGUCAUCUUUAACACGCUAGCAUUCCAGGAUUCAGCAAUAGAUUGGGCGCGCGACCACCGCAUGCAUCACAAGUAUUCGGAGACGGACGCGGACCCGCACAAUGCGACACGAGGCUUCUUCUUCUCGCACAUCGGCUGGCUGCUCGUGCGCAAGCAUCCUGAACUGAAGCGUAAGGGCCAAGGUCUGGACCUCAGCGACCUCUACGCAGAUCCCAUACUCAGAUUCCAGAAGAAAUAUUACCUUCUCCUGAUGCCCAUAGCGUGCUUCAUCUUGCCAACUGUUAUCCCCGUGUACUACUGGGGCGAGAGUUGGGUCACAUCCUUCUUUGUAGCGGCUCUCUUCCGUUACGCUUUCAUACUGAACGUCACGUGGCUAGUGAACUCAGCUGCGCAUAAAUGGGGCGACAAACCAUACGACAAACACAUCCAGCCAGCCGAAAAUAUAUCCGUCUCCAUCUUCGCUCUCGGUGAAGGAUUCCACAAUUAUCACCACACCUUCCCCUGGGACUACAAGACCGCUGAACUCGGCAACAACAGGCUCAACUUCACCACUAAUUUCAUCAACUUAUUCGCUAAAAUCGGAUGGGCUUACGAUCUCAAGACCGUGUCAGAUGAGAUCGUACGUAACCGUGUGAAGAGAACAGGUGAUGGAUCCCAUCACCUCUGGGGUUGGGGUGAUAAAGAUCACGCUAAGGAAGAAAUCGAUGCAGCCAUAAGAAUUAAUCCUAAAGACGAUUAAAUAUUUUUUUCUAACUUGCUUAAUAU